CAAGCAGGGCAAAAAGCACAUUGGUCUGCCUUUUUUACAGACAAACCCUUGGGCAGACAACAGCUAAAGCUUUCUACUCCCUCCCCUUUCCCAAGUGUUUGCGAAAUGGAUUCCCAAAGGGAACUCACUGAAGAGCUCAGACUUUACCAAUCCACCCUCCUUCAGGAUGGCCUCAAAGAACUCCUUGAAGAGAAAAAGUUUGUAGAUUGCUCUCUAAAAGCUGGUGACAGAAGCCUGCCUUGCCACAGAUUGAUUCUGUCGGCAUGUAGCCCUUAUUUUCGUGAGUAUUUCUUAUCUGAGCAAAAUGAAGAGAAAAAGAAGGAAGUAGUUCUAGAUAAUGUUGACCCCAACAUCCUGGAUAUGAUUGUCAAAUACCUUUAUUCAGCAAGUAUUGAUCUUAAUGAUUCUAAUGUGCAAGAUAUUUUUGCUUUGGCCAGCCGCUUCCAGAUCCCUUCUGUAUUCACUGUGUGUGUGUCCUACCUUCAGAAGAGGCUUGCUGUUGGUAACUGUCUGGCCAUCCUUCGGUUAGGUGUUCUGCUUGACUGCCCCAGACUUGCAUUUUCUGCCCGUGAUUUUAUUUCAGAUCAUUUUGUGCAGAUCUGCAAAGAAGAGGACUUCAUGCAGCUUGCCCCUCAUGAACUUAUCUCAGUUAUUUCACCUGACAGUUUAAACGUAGAGAAGGAAGAACUGGUAUUUGAAGCAGUAAUGAGAUGGGUCCGAACAGACAAGGAGAACAGAGUAAAGAGCCUGGGGGAAAUUUUUGACUGCAUACGUUUUCGUCUAAUGCCAGAAAAAUAUUUCAAAGAACAGGUUGAGAAGGAUGAUAUAAUUAAAAGCAACUCAGACCUUCAGAAAAAAGUUAAGAUUAUUAAGGAUGCUUUUGCUGGAAAACUGCCUGACUCUAGCAAAAGCACAGAGAAGUCAACCAAAGGGGAGGUGAAUGGCGAUGUAGGAGAUGAAGAUUUACUGCCUGGCUACCUAAAUGACCUUCCCAGGCAUGGCAUGUUCGUCAAAGACCUGAUUCUUCUGGUUAAUGACACUGCUGCAGUAGCUUAUGAUCCUCUUGAAAAUGAAUGUUACCUGGCAGCUCUUGCAGAACAGAUUCCCAGAAAUCAUUCCAGUAUAGUCACCAAACAAAAUCAGGUCUAUAUUGUUGGAGGACUCUAUGUAGAAGAGGAGAACAAGGAUCAGCCUUUCCAGUCAUACUUCUUCCAGCUGGAUAGCAUUGCUGGAGAGUGGGUUGCCCUUCCUCCACUGCCGUCAGCCAGGUGUCUCUUCGGGCUGGGAGAGUCAGACAACAAGAUCUAUGUCAUAGCAGGCAAGGACCUUCGCACCGAGGAGUCGCUAGAUUCAGUACUGUGCUAUGACCCUGUGGCAAUGAAAUGGGGUGAGAUCAAAAAACUGCCCAUCAAAGUAUAUGGCCAUGCAACUAUCUCAAACAAUGGACUGAUAUAUUGUCUUGGUGGAAAAACUGAUGACAAGAAAUGCACUAAUAGAUUAUUUGUGUACAAUCCCAAGAAAGGAGACUGGAGAGACCUGGCUCCAAUGAAAGUGCCUCGCUCGAUGUUUGGAACAGCCAUCCAUAAGGGCAAGAUUGUCAUUGCAGGUGGUGUCACUGAGGAAGGCCUUACUGCAUCUGUUGAAGCUUUUGAUCUGACCACCAAUAAAUGGGAGAUAAUGCCUGAAUUUCCCCAAGAGAGAAGUUCCAUUAGUUUAGUCACUUUAAGUGGAGCUUUGUAUGCUAUUGGAGGCUUUGCAAUGAUUCAGCUUGAAUCUAAAGAAUUUGCACCUAGUGAAGUCACUGACAUAUGGAAGUAUGAUGAUGAGAAGAAAGAAUGGGUUGGCAUACUGAAAGAGAUCCGAUAUGCUACUGGAGCCUCCUGCCUGGCCACACGCUUAAACCUCUUCAAGUUAUCCAAACUGUAAACAAAAUGCUGGAAGAUGUGAUAUGGUGAAGGAGUUCUGACAGGCUCUUCUGGUUUUGUUGCAUGAAAAUGUCCCCAAAUUGUACAGUUUUAUAGCAGCAUACUAGUCAUACUGGGAACUGUUAAAUAUUUCAUUUGUCUGUCCAGUUCUUAAAAUACUUUCUAGCUAACCAGCAACCACAGAAUUUUUUAAAUUUCUAAAGGUGUUUAAAUUUCUAAAGGGUUAUAAUUAAUGUUGAUUAGAUUAAGAUUUUGGCAAGAACUCAAUUUUCCACCCUGUGAAACAGCAAACAAUGUUCAUUGUAGAGCAAACAGCAAACAACGCUAGUUCGCCUUCCUUGCACUCAAUACAAUCCAGUUAUUGGUGGUUUGUCCUCCAAACAAUGUGCAUGAAUUACUUGUUAAGUUAAAUACAACUAAUAGGUAGCUAAUUUUAUUCUAACUGGCUGUUUGUAAGGCCAGAUUUCCCCUUUUAGUAAUGUAUGUAAAUCCUUCACUCUUCAGCGAUAUCUUGGAAAUAUUCUCAUCCCAGACCUCAAAAAAUAAUUUAGCUUGGAAUUGAAAGGAAUGUUUUAAACAAAAGUGGCUUAAUAUUAUGUGGCCUAAUAAAUGCCAGUUUCAGACAAAACUAUACUAGUAGACAGAGGAGAGGGUAGAGAGAGAAGUUCAUAAGGUUAGUAGCUCUACUGUUUUACCUACUGUGUUUAGACUUCUGAUAACAAGGGUUUUCCACUUUUUUAAUGCUUUUAUAUUUAUUUCCAAAGCAAAUAUUUUAUGGAAAGUUUUCUCAGAGAUCUGAGGUCAAUAGCAAGCAUUCAUGAAAAAGUCCUAAAAGAGCUAUCUUUAGCAAAUACCUGUGCCAGGGAGGACUUUUUCAUUUACUAUAGAGUUGAUGCAUUUUGAUGUUGAAACUUUUAACAAUUAAACUUCGUUUUUAAAACUAUAAAA